AUGGCAUCAACAGCGGCCGAGCCCAACGGCGGUACCCACGAUCAUGUCCUCCGACCGAGGCCGAAGAAGCCUCAACACUCACAACUCGCGAGAACUGUCAGCAAUAGCUCCGUCGGCGAGCUCAAUGGCAUGACCCCGUUGUCGGAAACCGGCCAGACGAGCGGCACAACAAGUGGCCGCUCGACACCCGUUCCCGCCGAUGCCCUUCCCUCCGUCAAGUCCUUGUCCUCGGCGCGAAAGCAAGCUCGCGCUGAGCAACGUCGACGAAUCUUCCCCACCAUCGAGUUCGCCAGCCGCGUCUCCCACUUCGAUCCAAGCUCCGACUACCGCGAUUUCCAUGGCUUCUUCAACCUCUUCUGGAUCGGUCUCGCCAUCAUGGCCAUCACUACCAUGCUGCGAAACAUUAAGGAUACGGGAUACCCCAUGCGCGUCCAGAUCUGGACGCUCUUCACCAUUAAGAUCUGGCACUUGGCCAUUGCCGACUUCCUCAUGGUCGCGAGCACCUUGGUGUCCUUGCCGCUGCACCGAGUGUGGCGCGCCGCCCCGGCCAACAGCGCCUUCACGUGGAAGAACGGCGGCAUGGCCGUCCAGAGCAUUUACCAGGUCGUCUGGCUUGUCUUCUGGAUCGCCGUGCCCUUCGUGCUUGAGUGGACCUGGACCGCGCAGGUGUUCUUGCUCUUGCACACCAUGGUUCUGCUCAUGAAGACGCACAGCUGGGCUUUCUACAACGGACACUUGAGCGAGACGGAGAAGCGCCUGCGCGAUCUCGACGACCCCUCCACCGCGUCCAAGGACCCGGUCUACCUCUACCCGACCCCCGACAACCCGAUGGGAACCGUCAGCAGUCCCAAGAAUCGUGAUGCGAAGGCCACCAGCUCUGACUCCGACUCCACGUCCACGUCCGACGAAAUCGAACAGCUCCGCGAGGACCUUGCCCAAGAGCUCACCUCUCCCAUGGGCAACACUGCCUAUCCCCGAAACCUGACGUGGUCCAACUACUUCGAUUACCUCCUCUGCCCGACCCUCUGCUACGAGCUCGAGUACCCUCGCACAGCCCGCAUUGACUGGCAAAACCUCAUCUCCAAGAUCGUUGCCGUCUUCGGCUGCAUUUCCCUCCUGACCGUCAUCUCAGAGGAGUUUAUCCUCCCAAUUCUGACAGACGCCUCUUUGCGCCUCAAUACGACCCCGGCCCCUCCCGUUUCCGAAGCGCUGCUCAUCCUGGCAGAGAGCAUCUCCUGGCUCCUCUUCCCGUUCAUGCUCACCUUCCUCCUGGUCUUCCUCGUCAUCUUCGAGUACGCCCUGGGCGCCUUCGCCGAGCUCACCCACUUCGCCGACCGCCACUUCUACUCCGACUGGUGGAACUCGACCGACUGGAUGGAGUUCUCGCGCGAGUGGAACAUCCCGGUGUACAGCUUCCUGCGCCGCCACGUUUACAGCGCGAGUCGCCCGCACAUCGGCCGCUUCCCCGCCACCGUCAUCACCUUCCUCAUUUCCGCUAUCGGCCACGAGAUCGUGAUGGCGUGUAUUACGAAGAAGCUGCGCGGCUACGGAUUCGUGGCCCAGAUGUUGCAGUUGCCCAUCGUCGUUCUGCAGCGCACCAAGUGGGUGCGCGGGAAGAAGACUCUUAACAACGUCUGCUUUUGGUGUUCCAUGGUCAUGGGACUUAGCAUGAACACGUUCAACUCAUCACAGCAGAAUACGUUCAACUCAUCACAACAGAACACGUUCAACUCAUCGCAACGGAACACGUUCAACUCAUCACAGCAAACUAACUUCAACAAUUCAUCGCAACCUGAUCCUUUUGCUUCAUUACUACAGGGCUUCGGUUCGUCGCAACAGAGUCCAUUCGACUACUUUCAGUCCUCCUCCAAAUGCCUUCAGCCCGCCUCCUCAGCCAUUCAGCCCGGGUCCGUUCAGUCCCGCACCCACGCCGUUCAGCCCGGCAACGUCGUCAUUCAGCCCGGCACCAACACCUGCCCCAACUCUUGUGCGUCCGACCCCAAGUGGGAUGCAAACGCCGUUUGGCCCUCCACCAUCAACAUCAUUCCCGCCAGACAGCCCAGCGUCGCACCACCACCACCCACGCCCAAGCCAGCAACAGGCAGUCGGCCGUCGCGAGAGCAGGUCCCCGCCGAGGCAUGGGAGUCGUUCAAGCUAACCAUCAAAACAUUGUAUUUGGAGGAGAGGAGACCCCUCAAAGAAGUCAUGCAGAUCAUGGCUGAUCAAUAUGGCUUCCAAGCAACGCCCAAGAUGUACAAGACACGGUUCUCUCAGUGGGGAUUUGUCAAGAAUAACACCGAAGACGAGGUGAAGAGGUUGCUCUCGAUGAAGUUUCAACGCGACGCCGAGGGCAAGGUCUCCGAAUUCGUUCGAAACGGCAGGGUCGUCAACUUGGGCACGUAUCUCAAGAGGAAAGGAGUUACCGAAUACGAUCUCGUCGACUUCGAAACGCCAGCUCAGCUUCCGGCGUAUGUGCGAUGCCGUACCCCGACACCGCCCCCCGCUCCGGGCUAUCUGCAGUCACCAGACUUGAUCCGAGCGCAGGAAGCCAUCGUCGGGAACAUGAGGAAGGCGUUCUUGCAUUGUCGCCAGUUCGAGGUCGAGACGGACCGCCAGAUUGGAUGGACAUCGAUUAUGCUAUGGGGCGCCGGCUCCAGCGACAUGUUUGCCGAUGCCAACAAGAAGUUCGAGAAGGGUGAGCACGAUGCAGGCGGCCACUUGUUGAUGAGGGCUUUCAAACGUUUGGAGAUGGACCUGAAGCAGCUUUCACCCCAAGGUAUCCAGGAGCUGCUCUUGGGAAUGGUACACCGCGACGCCGGCAUGAUGACUGCGCUAUGCAAGUACCUGGCCGCUUACUCGACGACCAACUUCGAACGAUCGCAUCCUCUUCGACAGACUUUCUCGACAUUAUACGAAGUGCAACAGAAGCACGGCCCGAUCACGCUUUCCGAGCUGGUCUGGGGCUGCAUUCCGACUAUUGCCGAAGAACUCGAGGCCAUCUACGGACGACGACACCCCUAUGUUGCGAGGACAUGGAUCGAUCUGGCCAUAUUCUAUAAUCACGCCAACCCCGAGAGGCUAGAGAAACUGCUGACGGAACUUCAACCAAUGAGGAGACAGAUUGCAGGUCGCCAUGGACAGGGCAGCGCGGAAGACCUGUCGCUUCGCUACGCUGUCGUGCAGCUACUGCAAGCAGCGUGGCCAAACGGCGAGUCGACCCGGCUGGAAGCGUUGGAUUUAUGGAAUACGAUGAAGGACGCCGGCCUCGUCUUCCCGGUUCGCGGCGCAGAACACCACACAUUUUGCUUCCACAGCCCUUUGAAGAUCGAUCCCUGGGACAGACGAUGCAGAGACCGUUACAGCGUUGGCGUUCAGUUCUUCCAGCAGCACUGCGGUAUCAAGGUGCUGCCGUACUUCGAGGAGGACAUGCAUUACACGGAACACGCCCCCGACUCGCACUCGGCGUUGGCAGCGGCUUUGGGCCACAUGGCGCCUUCCAAGUUCUCACUCAUCUAG